AUGGGCGAGCGGGACGAAGCCCGCAGGAACGGCCGGCGGGAAGCGGAGGCCCAGGCUGAACACAGAAAUCGAAAGUCUGCCAAAGUCGAUCGCACGGAGUGCCUGGACAUCACGAUAGGGAGCAUCACGGGAGAGGAACUUGGCAAGGCCAUCAAGAAAGUGAAGAAUGGGAAAGCAGCUGUGGAGGUGCCGGCUGAGUACUUGAAGGCUGUCCUCGAGGCCGAUUUGAGCAGGGAAGGGUGGCUGUUGUCGCUUAUGCGGUUGUGUUGUGAAACGAAGACGACGCCGAGUCCGUGGCAUGUCUCACAGGACGUCUUGUUCGCAGACGACGCGCUCCUGAUCAGCAGAGCAGGCAAGUACCUGGACGACUACUUGGCAGCGGUCGCCAAGUGCGGUGUUCAAUACGGUCUGCAGAUGCACUGGGACAAGGACGGGCAGAUCGGACUGACGCAGCGCCUUCUGGCUUCGCCGCAGAAGCGGAUGCUCAGAGACGCGGCCUUCCAUUGGGGCACGCUCAUUCCGG